ACGACUCUUUUGUUGAGUGUUACUCGAUAAACAUGGCUGCCCCCAUCAGUCAUGAUAAACAUUAGUUGUUGUUUCUUUAUAUCUAAAAAUGUUUAAAGACAAUUAAAAGGUAAAAAAAAAAAAUCAUAUUAAAUGCGAUGCUAAGAAUUACAUUUAUCAUAAAGGCUAAUACUAAUAAAAAUUAAAUAUAUAUAUAUUAUAAAUUGUUAUAUAAUAUUUAGAUAAGUAUAUUAUAAAUUAACUUAAAUUAACUUUCAUAUAAUAUAAUAAUAUUUAUAUAACUAUUAUAAGUUCUAGUAUAAUGUAUACCAGCUAUUUAAAGGCCCAAUUUAAUUACCGAAAAUGUGAAAUAGUACAGCAUGAGUAUGAUUAUGAUUUAGGGCAACUUCUUAGACUUAAACUUAAGGAUUAAUCAAAAAUAAAAAUAGCACUUAAUUGACUUAAUUUGACUACUUAAUACUUUAGUCUAAAGUAAAGUUAAGCUAUUACUAUUAAUUUGGGCUAUCUUUUCUUUUUUCAGAAGCAACUGAUAUAAUAUGAAUUACCAGGGGCUUAUGCGAUUAGGUCGUAUUCAGCCCAGGACUAGUAAAAUUUUGAAGUCUUUUGGGCAUUUCCAAACCACUGGCUCUACAAAUCAUGCUAGCUAUGUCUCUACUUGGACACCCUUUGCUGCCGCAUUUAACACCAGACCACAGAAAAAGCUCAACCUUAGGCUUAAUAGAGAAAAUGCGGUACUUUUCAACAUUUGUUGAUAUGAGAUUGUAAACAGUUCAAAAUAAAAAAUUGAAAAUGAUUCAUUUGAACUGUGUAAUCACUCUAUUUUUGCAUGUCAGCAUUCUUUGGUAGUAUUUGAUUGAAACAGGGUUCAGCAACCUACGUAUAUGGAUGCCAAAUCGGCAUGCAGAGCUAUUUUCAAUGGCAUGGACAAGAAGACCUAGAAAAAGAUUCUAAAUGACUAAAAAUGUAUCUACUAAGUUAGAUUUUUGGUUGCUGAACGAAUUAAAAACUUACUUUGGAAUAAUAUUAGCUAAAGGUUGCCCACCGCUGGAUCUGAGCAUUAACUCCUUAGAUUGCACUAAUUUUGAAAAUAAGCCUAAAAAUAAUUUUAAUAUUUAUUGUUGUAGUAUUUUCAAUAAAUUAUUACUUUUUCUGAAUGAUAGCAAGCAAUGUCUUUUAUAUCAUUGUUGGAUUUUUUAAUUUUAGCUGAUUUCCCCACCCCCCAAGAUUUUUUUUUUUUUUUUUAAACUUUAUGAUUCAUUUCAUGUCAUUUACUUUUUUUUUUCUUUUUUUUUUUUUAGGGUUUUUUUUAAAAAUAAUUUUAAUAUUUAUUGUUUUAGUAUUUUCAAUAAAUUAUUACUUUUUCUGAAUGAUAGCAAGCAAUGUCUUUUAUAUCAUUUUUGGAUUUUUUAAUUUUAGCUGAUUUCCCCACCCCCCAAGAUUUUUUUUUUUUUUUAAACUAUAUGAUUCAUUUCAUGUCAAUUACUUUGUUCUUUCCUUUUUAUGUUUUAGGGGUUAUUUUGCAUCCCUGAACUGAAGGAUCAUACAGGCUUUUAUUUACUAAAGCAAAAUGCUGAGCAUCAGGUUUCUAAGUUGGUAGAGGAAGCUUCUUCAAAGUCAAGGAAACGUAAAAUAGUGACAAUAUUUGAUGAACUCUCAGACACCCUUUGUCGUGUGGCUGACUUGGUAAGUUGUGAAUCUCUUGGACCAGAAAUCAUUAUUCUUUAUCCUGUGUGCUGCAGGUGGUCUUUUAAAUAAUUGAAUUUUGUUCUUAAGGGCAUUUCAGAAUUAUGCCAGUCUUUUAUUAAAUAGAUGAAAUAAAAUGACUAAUGUGAAGUACUAAAGUUUAAUACUUUUGGCCCUUAUACAUUAAACACUGGUCAUCUUUGAUUAAGAUUUUGAGUUAAUAUUUUCAAUAACUAAACCAACCUGUGGAUUGCUUGUUUUUUAUGUUUGUGUUUAAAUUAAUUUAAAGGGCAUCAAAAUAAUUGGUACCUUACUACUGGAACCUUUGAAAAUUAAAAAAUUUCGUUUUCAUGUAAUUAAACAUUUAAAAAAUUAUAAUUUUUGGCAUAGUUUUAACCAUUUCAUCUUUAUCAAGUUUAUCGCUGCAUCUUGACCAAAUAUUUAACUUCAUUUUGAAUUAUGGAAGAAAUAUUUUAUCUAUUUCAGGCAGACUUUGUUCGUGUUUCCCAUCCAAGAAAUGAUUUUGCACAGGCUGCGGAAGAAAUCUGUGUUGAAUUAUCAAGCCUUGUGGAAAGGUACUGAAAUUCUUUUCUUUUCUUUUUUCUUUUAAAUAUGUAAAAUAAGAUGCCCUUUCACAAUUGUUGGCAUGAAACAUUCAAGGAGAAAUAAGUUUCAUGAAAUAUUGUUUUUAAAGUGUGAUUAUUCCCUCAAUACUUAUGUCAGUUACCGUUGAUGUUCACCCUAAUCUAAAAAAGGAUAUAUUCAUUAAUUUCAUUAAGGAUUAAAUUUUAAAAUUAUUUUUUCUUUAUUUAAAAAAAAACAAUGAAUCUCGAAUAGAUAUCAUAAUUCUGAUGAUUUUAUACAUAGUAUUUGUAUGAAUCUCAAAUAGAUAACAUAAAAAUAGUAUGUUCCUAUUAAAAUUUUCCCUUAAAACUUGUCUUAUUGCAUUUUCAAAACAUUUGAUACCGUAAAGGGAAAAGCUGGAUAAUGAUUAAGUCAAAUUCAUUACAACUCGAUCACAAAGAAUAUUCUAUAAUCUUUCCUGAGUCCUGGAAACAAGCUGUUGCAUUGGAGGAAUUGUUAUUUCCCUUUCUUAUGCAUUUAAAUCGUAACGGCCAAAGGGAAACCAAUUUGACUUUCUCAUUGGAUGUGUUGUGAUCAAACGAUUAAAAAUUUUUUAUUGUAAUUGUUAUUGUUUAAACUAGAGCUUAAAAUUCUCAGGUUAAACACCAAUCUUUCACUUCACACUGCACUUAAAACUGUGCUGGAGGAAGGUGAUGUUGUUCCCACAGAUGCGCUAGACAAGAGAGUUACAGAAUUGUUUAUGUUUGACUUUGAACAGAGUGGGAUUCACCUUGCAGAUAAACAGGUACAGCAGGGUCAGUUAUGGUAGAAGAUAUAUUUUUGUUUAGUAUGUAUUGCUUCAAAUUAUUUACUGUUUUAUGUAUAUUUGUUGUGUACAAUGAUGUGAUGUAGUUCUGCUGUGUCAUGUAGUGGUGUUGUGUGAGUGAGCGGUGGUGCUUUUUUUUCCUUUUGUUAUUUCCCCUCUAAUCAUGAAUAUAACCCAGCCAUGCAUGACUGUGGCUGAGUGUUGGAAAGACCUCGUGGUAAAAAAUGUGUGUACAUUUUUGUGAGAGACAGUGAACAUUGUUUUUUUGGUGCUGGAGUGAGUUUGGAUAGAGAUAUUGUUAUAUUUUCACUAGGAGUUCUGUUGCUAUAUUUUUUUGUAGGAUUGUUGAUAGGGGUGUGCCGGACCCCGGUCCGGAAUCCGGUUCCGCCGGAUUUUGCACUAUCCGGUGAAAUCCGGUUCCGCCGGAUUUACAUGUAUCCGGAACAACCGGAUUCCGGAAUAUACCGGAUUUCGGAAUUUGCCAGAUUUUGUGACUCACCGGAACAUAAUCUGAAAUAAAAGUAAUUCUCUUUCCCGAAUUCCACACGAUCACGAUACAUUAAUCGAUUGUUUCGAGCGUUGAGCUUGUUUAAUGUUUAAUAUUCCGUACAUACCAGAGGCUAGAGUCAGCACCGCUAAUAGUGGCCAAUAGUGUAGGGACUUUGAUAAGAAAAUUUAAACUUUUUGUAAAAAUAAACCAAUGGCAUAGUUGAAAAGAUGUAAUUUUUUAAAGAAUUAUAACACCAAAAUCAUAUUUUUAGCUGUUGUAGUUUUAAAGUUAUGAAUUUUUAAAGUACGACUUGGUUUGUCAUUUUUUAACAUGGACUGCAUCUCCACAUUCUGUGAUCUCAUUCCGCCAAUCCCGUCAUGCGCAAUGACUAUAUAGUUUAUAUAAGGCAACGCAUUCCCUGCCUUAUCACUAAAAUACUGUUUAGACUUAGUUUAAACUUUCAACUUUGGCACAUGAAUAAUUAAUUAAAGCUUUCCCUGACCAAUGGUUUAAUAGUUUUUGCACACGGCAAACUCUUAUGAAUGAAACUCUGAGGUAGUACUACGAUACAGUUAUGCAAGUGGCUGUGAAUGGUUGCCAAUGACAACGUGUUGCACACGGUAAAUUCUGAUCAUUUAUAAUAUGGAUUCUACCGGGUUGUUAAAGCUCAAAUUAAAACAUUCCAGUUUAAAUGUCUUUAAAUGCAUUCUGAAACACAAGUUAUCAAUUAUUUUGAUGUAAAUAGUGAUAAUAAAUUAAUAUUUCCUAAGUAUCGUCAACUUCCGCCAUUAAAAAGGGGGGCGUGGCCAACCCCAUGGCGAAAUUAGGUUGAGCGAGCUGCAUAACCUGCUGCGAACGCGUAGAAACAUGGCGUCUCUCGUAAGACACUUAUCCAAAUGGAACGGAACUCAAAUAUAUAUCGAAAGUACUAAUUUAAUAAUAAAUAGACACACACAUCGGAAAAUUAAAAACUCGGAUUUUUUGGCGCCGAUUGCGAAUUCCCAUACACAAAAAGUAGUAGUCCACCUUGACUUACCGAAGUAUCUACCAAUAGUACCAAAAUCCGGAAUCCGGGAGAAACCGGAAUCCGGAUCCGGCGGAUUUCGCAUAAGAAAAUCCGGAUCCGGUUGGAAAAAACGGAUCCGGCACACCCCUAAUUGUUGAACAGGUCUAUUUAUUCUGAACAUCAGUGAUUAUUUCUUAUGCAUUUUCUACUGUCAUGCAUAUGAAGCCAGUAAAAAAGUAAACCUGAACCUUUUAACAGCGUUUUUUUUUUUUUAAUCAUACACACGUCAACUCUGCAGGAGCUUGAAGGAAAUGAGUGUUUAACUCUGUAGUUGGCUAUAGCGUAGGGGACCAACCUGUAGACAAUGUUCUAUUGGCCACAGAUCUAAUCAAUUUAAAAUAUAUAGUUUACUCUUGAAAAUUAAUUUUUUUACCACUUUGAGAUGUAUACAAACUAAUCUUCUUGUUGUUCAAAAGAAAGUAAACGGGAAAUAAUUGUAGGGUCAUUACUUAAAUAUUAUAUAAGAAAUUUUUGUUUUUUUUAAGGUCUUAAAUUUGUGUGGGAUUUUAAUUAAAAAAAAAUUGGUGAUAGUUUUUUGACAAAGAAAAUUUUGAAAAUUUAACAUUUAUUUUAAAUAUUGUUUGUGCCUUUUCAAUAUAUUUUAUUUCCUUUCAUCAGCAUCGUUCUUUUAUUUUAAAUUAGAGAGAGCAGUUUGUUCAGCUGAAUGAAAGAAUUCAUAUGCUGGGAACAUUUUUUCAAAGAGGAGCACAGAAACCUGUGCAAAUACCCAAAAGCAAAUUGCCAGAAAAUUUGAGACAUGUGUAAGCUAAAAAGUUAAAAAUGGAUGACCUAUUUCUCAUGAAAAUCAUUACAAAAUUCAGAAUCUGCCAUUACAAUUUAUGUACCACUUUUUAAUAUGAUAUCAAUUUUUUAAAUGAUUUUAUUUAAGCAUAUAAACCAAGUUUACAUGUUUGUUUACCUGAUUUAUAAUUUAUAGGAUCUGUUUAAUAGUUUUUAUAUUUUUUCAUUUUAGCUUUGGUCUUGACGGAGACAACAUAAUGGUCACUGGCUUGUUUUCUGAUCACUACAGCAGCAUUGUAAGUUGAAAGACUUCAGAUUUUGUCAUCUUUGGUUUUUAUCAAGUUAAAUUUGUAUUACAAUUUUCAUGAUCUGGUUAGUCAUAAAUAGUAAACUAAAGCAGCGUCAUUGAUACUGAUCAAAUGCUAUCUUAUAUGCAGGUUAGAGAAGCUGCUUACAGAAUAUUCCUUCACCCUGAUCAGCACCAGGCUGAGGUUCUGGAUGCUCUUCUCACAGCAAGGUACCAGCUGGCAAGACUUGUUGGCUUUGACACAUACUCACAACGGGCCAACAGAGGAACAAUGAUAGAAUCUCCAGGUCUGUUUUUUUUUUAAUGCAUCUAAAAAUAAAUCUGUAAUAAAAAAUAAAAGUAAUUUAAUCAUUGGCAAGAAAUAGGCAUUAUGCACAUUCAUUUCCAAAUUGAAUGUUGUAAAGAAAUAAGAGACUGGAUAGAAUUUAUAUAUAAAAAUUAGAUGCACAAUAGUAAUCUUUAUGACCUCCUAUCCCAUAUUAAAGUAUAUUUUUUCAAUUAUACAGAUAAAAUUACAGAGUUUUUAGAUCUGCUUUCGGAUAAAUUAAAGCCAAGGUAAUUAUUGUUCUUACAUUAAUUCGCACUGAACUUAUUAAUAAGAUAUUGCAAACACUGGAAUAAAUAAUAUAUAAAUAUAAUUAUAUAAAUAAUAUAUACAUUUUUUUAACACUAGAAAAAAUUCUGUAUCCAUUGUCUGGCUUUUGUGCCUAUAGUGCAAUGAUUUGUUUCAAUAAGCUUUAUUAACUAAAUUAUGAAUUAAUUAAAGAAAUGAAGCUUAAAAUUUGUUUUAAACUAUUGAGUUUUUAUAAAAUUGCCACUGCUAUAUUUCGUUAUAAAUAAUAUCCAAGGCGAAGUGGUUCAAACAGUGACUGAUUUUAAUAUCAACUUUCACAAUAAUAUGAAGAUAUUUAGAAUUAUAUAACACAAAUUUUCAUUUCCAUUAUCUUCUAAAAUAUAAUCUUCUUUUACUUGAUAAUGAUCAACAAAAUCGUGCUACAGUCUCUGUUCAUUCCAUUAUUAUUCCCUCCAGUAUUGAAUCAAACACUCUGAUUGGCCAGUUCCUCGCAAGUCCCAACACUAUAUUAUACAAGAAAUAUAAGCAUAUUACUUGUCUCCCAUUAGUGGUUCACAUAUUCACAUCUGUGACAAAAUUAAUAUUGUCAGCUGACAUACAAAUUAAAACUUGAUCAAUAAUGUAUCUUUUUUUUUCAUUUGUUUAUUGAUGGGAAAUUUUAAGUUAUGUUAUGAGCCUUUUAAUUUUCAUUAUUUUCAGAUCAAAGGUGGACUAUGAUGUUAUGCUACGACUUAAACAAGAACAAGAGCGUGGUGCUAAGGUGAAACAUUAGUCUACUAAUUAUAAUUAUGGAGCAGAAUUAUAGCUCAGACUAUGGUUAAUAUAUUUCAUGGAUUAGAGAUGGGGAUUUGUUUUUUUGUGGUUGCCCUAGCUCCUGCAAAUUUUAAAGAAUGCAACAAAAUUAUUUUUAAGUGGAAAUUUCUUACAUUUUUUUUUAAGGUGAAAUAUUUGAUUUAAAUAAUUUUGUCACUUUUGUUUCAAAUUAAGCCAGAAUCAUUCUUUUUAGAAUUUCAAAAGUUUUGUGUUUUGCUUAGUUCAUUUUGUGAGUAAAUAUGCUUUUAAACUAAUGUUACCAUAGAAAGUAUUAUUUGCAUUUGUAGUCAUUGAUUUAAAAAGAUUAAUACACAGUAAGUGCUAAAUGAUGGAGAACUGAGAAAAGAUGUUUUAUUCAACGAAUUUUUAUUUUUUUUUAAAUUUUUGGUCAACUCUUUGAAGAAAAAUAUCAUAUAUGUCCACUCACCAAAAAAAAACAACAGAAUUCCAAAAUUAUUAUCAGAACUAGAGCUUUGAUAAACUGUAUAUAUAUCUUAUAUUUAUUAAUAGUGUGUUUUAUGGAAAAUCAUAACUUAACUAUUUAGGCUUUCACAGUCUAUCCUUAUUAUAAAAUAAACCAAAUAAAGGUUUUUACAUUCGAAGACUUUUACUCACUUUGAAUAAAUAUAAUUAAGAUGUAUAAACGGUUCUUUAAUAAAGGUGAUUAUAUAGAAAGGAGAUUACUAGAUUUUAUGAUAAAUACCCUUUUGGAUAAAUAAUCUAGCUGGAUCAAUGCAACAGGGUUGUGCAUGUAAAUUACGGGAAAAUGUUGACGCUAUAUAUUUUAAUUGAUUUAAUAUAAUUCAACCACAGUUAAAAAAUGUUCACCCCCUUAACUCCCUUAGUGUGGACAAGCUCCACCUAGGAAUUAUUAUUUCAAAUUACUUUUACUUUUGUUUCGGAAAUUGUCUAUCGUAUUUACAUGGCUUUAUCUAAAAAGACUGGCAUUAACUUGUUAAUUCUUAUUCAUCAAUGCAGGAAAUCAUGCCAUGGGACCCACCAUAUUUGUCAGCUAUUGGAAGGCAGCAAAGGUUUGUUAUUAGAAAACUGUUAAAUUUUAACAUAUGGUUGUUGAGAUGAUCUCUUCAAAGUUUUAACAUUCUUAAAAUUUCUGGAUGUUAAAUAUUUUCCGUGUUCAAUUCUCAUGUGAAAUUUAUAGAAACAUUAUUAAAAAGCAUCUCAUAGUUCUGUGUAAUCCUAUUUAUUGUUAGUUUUUAGUUGUUUGUUUAUUUUGCAAAUUAUCUAUUAUUAGUAUAAAAAAUGUUUUGUGGUUGCAUGAGUUUAAAAGCGCUGUUCCAUCUCUUAGAAGUGCCAUGGCAAACAUGGACAGUCUGCCGUAUUUCUCCCUGGGUUGUGUCAUGGAGGGACUCAAUCAGUUGUUUCAGUGCCUGUUUGCAGUGGCCCUACAGCACGUGGAGAUGGAACCAGGAGAGGCAUGGACAGAGGAUAUUUAUAAAUUAGUAAGUCAACAACUCAUGCAAUUAGGAAUCUCAUGUAAAUUAAAGCAGAGAAUUAAUGUCAGUUUGUCUUGAAACGCAAGUUCGACCAUGCAAAAACACUUCUGAGAGAGUUGCAUUGGCUGCCGGUGCGUGCUCGCAUAGAGUACAAAAUCGCAACUUUGUGCUACUGCUACUUACAUGACCUGGUGCCGUCCUAUCUGAAAGAGCUGCUGACGCCUUAUGUACCCACUAGAGAGCUCCGCUCAUCCGAUAGUAAUAAACUCUCGACACCACGUGUUUGCCUUGAGACUUACGGAAAGCGCACUUUCGCAUUUGCUGGUCCAACAAUUUGGAACGCCCUUCCUGUCGAUCUCAGAAAUAACCAGACGCUGGAGUCCUUUAAAACCGAUCUAAAGACACAUCUAUUUGGCAAACACCUUCUGGGAUGAUUGUCUACCUUAUUUUCCAGUUAAUGCAUAAUGGCUGUGUUGCUCAGGGUUGAAAUGGCUAGAAAGACUUUGACAUUGUAUGCUUGUACUUAGUUUUUGUAGUGUUGCGUUUGUUUUAAAUGUGGUAAAUUAUAGAUUUGUUUUUUGUUGACUUUGUACCGCGCUUCGAGCCUUUGGGGAUGAAGCAUGUUUUUGAAAUGAACUUUAUUAUUAUUAUUAUUAUUACUUUAUUAGUAAACAAAAUUAUAAAUCCAUUUUACUGCUUCAAGAAGUUUCAUUGUGCUGAGGAUUUACUGUUUUUUAUCUUUGGUCCUCAAAAUAUGUUGUUUUUAAAUAACUUUUUUAUUUAUAUGAUAUUAUUUAUCAUUAUUUUUGUGUUAUUAUGUACCUCAUUUUAACUUCAACAGGCCGUUGUCCAUAAGACUGAAGGCGUCCUUGGCUAUAUUUACUGUGACUUCUUUGAGAGAUUCGGAAAACCAAAUCAGGUGUGUUGAUUCUAUUGUGAAGCAAAUCACAAGGUAGGACUGGUAAUUUAAUUUUUGAAAAUAAAUUAUAGAUUUGCUUCACUUAAUUGGCUUCUAUAAAUAAAUAUUUUUCUAAACUCAUAUAUUAAAGUAUGUUUUCAAACCAUUAUAUCCUUGAUAAUAUUGCCCCCAAAAGUUGAUUUUUCCCCCUCAAGAAAAAGAAAAGUUACUGUAAUUGAAAAAGCAAGAAAAGGAAGAUUUUGAUAGGCCUUUGUUAAGCUUGAUUAGAAUUCUGUGGUUUUUUUUAGGAUUGUCACUUCACCAUCCAAGGUGGUCGUCGUCGAGAAGAUGGAAGCUAUCAGCAUCCUAUUGUAGUUUUACAGUUGUCUUUCUCAGGACCCAGGGGGGCCAGUAUUCCCACCUUGCUAAGUCCAGGCAAUGUUGAUAAUUUGUUCCAUGAAUUCGGUCAUGCCAUGCACUCAAUGCUAGGACGCACUAGAUACCAGCAUGUGACAGGUUAGUUCCAUGUCAUAUGCACAAGAUAAAAAGAUGUCAUUUAUUACAUACAUUACCCAAAAAGUUGAUGUUAUAAAUAUAUUUAAUAUCACUUUUAAAAGCUCAUAGAUAUUUAGAAUCAUGUUUGAGAGAGUAGAGGAAAAUGGAAUUCAUCUAUAUUUAUCAAAUAACCUUUUUUUAAUUUUAAUCUUCUGUUUGAGAUGGAUUGAUAGAAUUACAAAGAAAGUGAGGAAAUAUAAAUUCUACAGCUUUUUUUUUUUUACCAAAUAUCUCCAUAGAAAUAAUAAUUUGCAAAUUCCUCUUGCAAACAAUUCUCCUCUAAGCACACACAAUCAAACACUAGCAUAACAGGAGUUAUAACAGGAAUCUCCUAUAUUUCAAAGAUCUAUCUAAACAGAUCACUGCUCACACAUACCGGCAUAAGGAGCGGAUGGGGUUGAGUAAUUGAUUUUGGAGAUGUGUGUAUGGCAAAAGGGGAGUUGCUAUAUCUGCAAAAUAUAAUGCAUUUAUGCACAAAUGCUGCAAAAAUUUUAUUGAAAUUAUGACAGUUCAUAAAUAGCCUAUUUAAAUCUCUAAUAAUAAGACCAAGAGUCAUUUGAAAAAUCUCUAAUGAUCACAAAUAAUAAUUCUCUGGGUUUGUAUGUAUAGCUAUAACUUUGUUUAAUAGGGGAGGAAAUAAAAUUCCCAGAAGUUAGCACUAUUUGGGAUUCUUUUAAAGUGUGUUACUAGAAUGCAUGUCUUGUCAUGUACAGUAACUUAAGAAAAUUGUAAGUUAGAGCAUUGCCGUUGCCAUUAUUGGCCUUUUUUUUUAGUUUUAAUAAAAAAUCUCACAACAUUGUUUUGUAAUUUUUAUAAUACUGUAGCUUUGUGUUUUCACAUGUGAACUCACUAGAUAUGGCACUAGUAUUAUUAAAAUUUAGUCCCCGGUUCACCUUUGUUCUAAUUUGUAUGUACACAUGUGCCAAAAUAUUCAGGUGCAACAACAGGAAGGGGUAAUGAAAAUUUUGCAUUUGUGCAUUCGUAAUACAUGGGACAAUGAACCACAGACUCAUGCAAACACAAACACUGCAGGUCAUGGAAUUAAAAAAAAAAAAUUCUUGAUUGUACAGGUACGAGGUGUACAACUGACUUUGCCGAAGUUCCUUCCGUGCUGAUGGAGUUUUUUGCCGCUGACCCAAGGGUAAUGAUAUUUUUGCCAUAGACACUGAUGAUGCUUAGCUUACUUUGAUGCCCUCCUCUUUUCACAAUUAAGCUUAGUUAUUAGGUAAUGUAAAAAUCAUAGGUUCUAUUUGACAUGUUAUUUCAUGUAAUUUCACAUUUUCUUGCAGGUUGUCACCACUUUUGCGCGGCAUUAUAAAACUGGUGAACCAAUGAAAGGAAGUGCUGUGAUUAACCUUUGUGAUUCUAAGAAAAUGUUUGCUGCCUCUGUAAGUAAAAUCAUGUUUUUAACAUUUUUUACCUUUAAACUAAAUGCUAUAUAAGGAAAUGACUAAACUCGUUCUGACUAAACUCGUUCUGAAUGGCUCUUCAAAUUCUGUUCUUAAUCCAUGGUCCUGAAUGAAGUGAAGUAACUCUGCUUUUCAAUUGAUUUAUUUUUGUUAAAUUUUAAAUUAAUUGAUUUAAAAAUUUGUCCAAAAUGACCAAUCAAUCUAUUUUUGGCACACUGAGCAAAAAAUGCUAAAUAUUAGUCUAACCACACAUCGAUUAAAAAGGAAACAAUAUAAAAGUUCCCUUUAUUAUUUAUCAAGCUAUCACCGGAAGUCUAUAGAGACUCAUGAUUUCGUUGCUAUUACUAUUACGGUAUUAAAUAAUGAGAUAGGGUUGUCCGGAAGAUUUGGGAUGCAUUUCUGAUCCAUCCCCCCAAACCCCUGUUACACACAUUUAGUCGCACCAUAGGGAAUGAGUAAAUGAUUUCCACAAUAACAGUACUAUUUUCCCCAUCCUUUAUUCCCCCCAGGAUAUGCAGCAGCAAGUCUUUUUCUCCAUUCUAGACCAAGUAUAUCAUGGUCCUCACCCACUAAAUGGCUCUACAACAAACAUUCUGGCUGAGAUGCAAGCGAAGUAUUACAGCAUCAAUUAUGUUCCAGACACAGUCAGUAUUUUCCUCUUUUUUUUUGUGUCCUCCCUUCUCUACCCACCUUUCCAGGGGAAUGGGAUCAGUGUUUCUUGCUUGGCUUAUAAAACUUUCAUUUUAAAAUGUAUACCUUUUUGUUCAUGGGUAUACUAUAAUUCAUAAAUUUUGUGAAAGCAGAAACGGGAUCAUUUAUUUUUUUUAAGAACACCCAUCCAUUCUAUUCAAACACCACCCAUCCAUUCUAUUCCAACAACAGGCCUGGCAACUGAGGUUUAGUCACCUCGUUGGGUAUGGUGCCAGAUAUUAUGCUUAUCUUGUAUCCAGGGCAGUUGCAGCACAAGUAUGGCACACUUGUUUCAAGGAUGAUCCAUUUAGCAGGUUUUUAAAAUAUUUUUUUUUCUGAUCAACACUCCUAAUCCUAUUUAUAAAUAUUGAUGUAUUGUAAGGCAUUUAGUUAAUUAAAUGAAAAUAAGUUGAACUUUUAAGUUUCUAGAAAAGCUUCAAGUUUUGAGAUAAUGAAUUUGUUCCAGAAAUAAUUUAAAGAUUUUAUAUUGAAAUGUAUUUUAAAAUAAUAAUCCUGAUUAGUUGAGCUUCAAAUUCAAAUAAUGAAAUUAUUAAAGAGCGAUUCCAUUAAAAAACUGUAGUAAAAUUAGAAUAACUUUCAAGGACAAACUAUAAUUUUAUAAUGUGUGAAGGUCCAAAGAUUUCAAAAGAUUUUUUUUUAUACACUCACUGUAAAUUGUAAAGGUAAUAGAAUUUUUUUUUACUUCUUGUCUUUUUUAUCAACAUAAGUAAAUUUUCAUUAAAAAUAUAUAGUGGUUUAAGCAAUAUUUUUGUGUACAUAGGUCAAUGGGCACAAGAUACAGAGAAGAGAUGUUGGCAUUUGGGGGUGAAAAGCAUCCCAGGAAUCUUGUUGAAGGUAGCGUGUUCAGCUUUUUUUAGACAUUAAUUUAUUACAUUUAUAUUCAUAAAUGUAAGAAUUUAUUUAAAUUUAAUAUAUCAACAUUUCCUGAAGAAAGUAAAAUAUUAAUGUGAAUGAUUAUACAUUGCAAAAUUCACUUUUAUAAUUUAUUUCAUUUCCUACAGGCAUGUUGGGGAAAAGCCCUACAGUUGAAAAUUUAGUGGAUUCUCUUAUUUAUGAUAUGGAUGAAAGCGUCAAGUCAUUAGGGCAAUUGUAAGUGGCAUAGCUGUGGGAAAAAACAUUGAUCACACAAUCAUCAUAAGGGCAGUGAUUGAUUUAUGGAAGCAGGUUUUGACUGCUUGGUACAAAAGAAAAAGUGUUUCAUUUAAUCUCAGUUAUGUUGAUAAUUUUAGGUUAUUUAUGAAGGACCAUUUCUUACAUAAAUGUAGACAACAAAAAUUUUUUUCUUUGCUAAAUAAACUAGAUAUUUCUUGCAGGGUUGGAGCAAACAUAAGUCUUACAUGAUAUGAUGCUCUCUUUUCAAUGCAUAUUUAUACUAAUAUUAUUAAUGAGGUUUGCAGUUAUUGAAGAAAAUGUUUGUCAUAAUGAAUUGAACAGUAUUAACUGAAUCAAAUAGUUUUAAUUAUAUUAUUAUGAUGUCCUCUUUGUGACACAAUGAUUGAGCAGAUUUAGAACAAAAUAAAGAGCUAUUACAAACAUUA